AUGUCAGCCAAUGGGAGCUCAGAGGCAGGUUGCAGGUCAGAUGUCAGACCAAGCAACAGCACCUGCAGCCAGAAGGAGCUUUCUAUCACCGCCUCUGCCAUCUCCAUGACAGUGGGCGUCCUCUCCAACAGCCUCGCCCUCUUCAUCUUAAUCACCUCUUACAGCCGCAUCCGGAUCAAGUCCAAGGCAUCCUUCCUGCUGUUCGCCAGCAGCCUGGUGGUCACCGACCUGCUGGGUCACCUCAUCAACGGCUCCCUGGUGCUCAUUGUGUACAGCUUCCACAAGAAAUGGGAGACGUUUGACCCCCACCACAUCGUGUGCAGUGUCUUCGGGGCGUGCAUGGUGUUCUUCGGACUGAGCCCCUUGUUCCUGGGGAGCGCCAUGGCAGUGGAGCGCUGCCUCGGAGUCACCAGGCCUAUCUUCCACUCCACAGCAUUAGCCUCCCGUCAUAUGAAACGGCUGCUGGGACUCACCUGGCUGCUGGCUGCUCUGGUGGCGUUGCUGCCAGUGCUGCUGUUGAGGCCAUACAGGGUUCAGAGAUCCAGGAGCUGGUGCUUCUUCCAAAUGGAGGAACCCAAAGACUGGCUGGAUGUGCUACUGCCUCUGCUGUUCUCCAUGCUGGGGCUGAUGGCCCUGCUGCUCUCCAUUGUGUGUAAUGCACUGACCAGCUGCACUCUGCUGCAGGCCAGACUGCGCCGCAAGAACCACUGCAGAGGCACGUCCUACCACAUCGAGAUGAUCUGCCAGCUGCUGGCUAUCAUGUUGGUGUCCUGCGUGUGCUGGGGUCCGUUACUGAUCCAUGUCAUCAUGAUGAGCAUUAAGUCCAAUGACGAGCCUGCAUCUUUCAGUCUCCUGAUAGUGGUUCGUAUGGCCACUUGGAACCAGAUCCUGGACCCCUGGGUCUACAUCCUGCUGAGGAAGGCCGUUCUGAGGAAAAUCUUCAUGUUGUUCCACUCCUGCUGGGGCUCAAACUCUCAUAACCUUCAUCGCUGGCAGCGAAGCCGGCUCCACAGCUCGAUGGAGACCAGCAACUCGGGAGCUGGCCCCUCUGACUCACGCUUCCUCAGUAGGUUACCUGUGCCAGAAACUGCGAUCAAAUACAUCACCUGA